CCGAAUACGACGACCAAUAUCACUUCCGGAUAAAAUGUAAAUAACCAAUCUGCAAUGCAGCUGAUGAAUCUUCAUCCUUUGUUUACCUUAUCUUCAACCAAAUAGAAACACAUGGAUUUGUGUUGAUACUGGCUUGCAUAUAAAAAUAUGGAGCGCAACAAACAAAUGGUUGUGUCAAGGAAAACUCGGAAAGAUAAGACAGAAGUUAGCUGUGUUAUCAAAUACUUGAUGUUUGGGUUCAAUGUCCUAUUUUGGCUUGUUGGUGCAGUAUGUUUGGCAAUAGGAUUAUGGGCAUGGGCAGAAAAAGAUAUGUUUAACAACAUUGGUAAACUUACCAAAAUAUCAUUUGAUCCUGCAUUGUUUUUCAUCAUUACGGGAGCAGUUAUUUUUAUUAUCUGCUUUGCUGGGUGUAUUGGUGCACUAAGAGAAAAUACAGGACUUUUGUUAUUUUAUUGUUUAUUAGUUGGAUUAAUAUUUGCUGGACAGCUGAUUGUUGGUGUGUUAGCCUUUAUUUAUAAAGAUUGGGUGAAAGACCAAAUACAGACACAAGUAAAGAAUAUGAUAGUUAAUUACAGAGAAGAUGUAGAUCUACAAAACUUAAUUGACUGGGUUCAAGAAGAUUGGUUAUUUUGUUGCGGUGUAGAUUCUUAUAAAGAUUGGGAAUUAAACAUGUAUUUUAAUUGCUCAUCUCCUGGUAUAGAAACUUGUGGUGUACCAUCGUCAUGCUGUAUCAAGAAGGAUGGGAAAUCAUUUGUCAAUACUCAAUGUGGUCAUGAUAUGAUGCUAAAGAAACAUGAUUUUGACAGAACAACAUAUAUAUACACAACUGGUUGUAUACCGGAAGGACAGAAAUGGUUACAAAGUAAUCUCAUAGUUGUUGCCUCAGUAGCUGUUGGUAUUGCAGUUGUACAGAUUCUUUUAUUGUGUUUUGCACACAAUUUACGAAGUGACAUUAAAGCCCAGUUAGCUAAAUGGAGGUAUAAUAGAGGAGCUCUUUGAUCUCAGGAAAUGUAUUUCUUAUUGAAUAGUGCUUAUAACAGAUGAUCUGAUAGAUUUCUUACAUCAAGACCUUAGGCUCAUCUAUAGUUUAAGUGAUGUAGAAUUAAAGAAGUUUUUUCAGAUGAACAAAGCUGUGAGAAUCUGUUUCGAUUGUGCAUUUGUAUGUGUGCUAUAUGUUAGCAACAAUAAACUGAAGAUGUUGAUUAUUUCUGUUAUUUCUAAGAAUAUUUUAAACUGCAGGUAUCUUUGGGAAUUUUAAAUGACACCAAAAUUUUAUUUUUUUUAUUCUAUAAUGGUACGAUGUUGUCUUCGCCGUUUGCGUCGUCGGGAGACACAUGUGGUGUCAGGACAAUUACUUUAGUUUUUAAGUUAAUGGACCUCAUAUUAUUUUUUUUUAUUUUUCAAGAAGAAUCUUUAAUUUCAAAGUAUUGGGCAAUAGAUUUGUAACAUCUUGACAUUUAUUUUGUAGUCAGAAACCUAUACUAUGUCAAAAAUUUAAUCACAAUCCAAAUUCAGACAGAAUAAAGCUUGAAUAUUGUGUCCAAAUUUACCACAAUUGUUCAAGGUUCAACCUCUGCGUUUGUAUCAGGCUGAGCUCAGCAAAGCAUUUUAUUUCAAUUUAAAAUUUUAAUUUUGUGCUGGGUUCUAAUCUGUGACCAUAACUUUUGUAAUGCAGCAGUUAGUUCUUGCUUGGUUUUUUGAUAGACUUAUGCUACAUUUAUGUAUAUGUAUACGAAAUCCAUUUUGAAAUAUAUACUUGCAGUAAUAUGUGUAUGAAAUAUAUAAGAUGCAAAGAUUAAAUUCAAUUGAUUGAGAUUGUAAUGUCAUGCUUUAGCAUAAGAUGGCAAACAAUUGUACUUUGAUUGUAAGUAAUUUUGCUUGUGAUUUUGAAAUUUUAUCCUGGCAUUCAUAAAAGACAUUGAAAGAUUUUAUAAUUCUUUAGAUGUUUAAGAGGUUUUCCAGCUCUCCAGAAUUAUAUGAGUGCCUAUAUUUUGAUAAAAGAUAUUAAUAUGAAGUUCAUCAAAUCCCCCAUUACAGUACAUUUUACAGUUACUUGUAAAUAAUAGAAUUUCAGUGUAAGUUACUAUGAUGGUCAUACUGUCUCAUUUUCCUCAUUUUUAAAGACAUUAGAUAAUUUUACGAAGUUUUAGUAGUUGCAUUAAGAGAUAUUAUGACUUUUUUGGGCAUUAUAUUUUGUUAUAUGAGAUUUGUUAUGUUGUAAAUCUUGUUAUGAAUAUUGUAUUUUUCCUAUAAAAUGUAGCUAAACCUGUGUUAGUUUGUAUGGAGGAAAUGUUCCCUGUAAACCAACUCAUUAUGUUACAAACUGUUGAUUGUGAUAUUUACUUAAUCAAAAAUACUGUUUCACAGAUCUACAAGUUUUUGAAAAAAGAUUUCAAAUCAAGUCCAUGAAACAGGUUAGAUUUCUAACGUAAAUAUCUAAUAACCUUUAAAAAUUUUGUUCAAUUAAGGGGGAGUAACCCUUUCUUAUUAAGGUACUUUCACAAAUUCCUUUGUAUAUGUCAUGUUGAUGUACACCAUUCUGACAAGGUGUGAGAUAGAGCCCUUUAAAACUAAUCAUAAAACUUUUAGUAUGAUACAAAGUAGAGAUUGAACUGAGAAAUACAGUAUGUGUUUAGCCUUAUUAAUAAAGAUUUGAUUUAAAAAUUUUAUGUAUAUAUCAUGUAUGUCAGCAAAGUGUGUUUUUUUUUCAAAUAUAUUUGAUUUAGUCUAUGUUUAUGGAAUACAUUCCUGAGGUUGUUUUUAUUUUUUAUUUUACAUUUCACAAGGCAGAUACCUCAAGGAUUUAUUUUGAUAUUUAAUGCAAGUCAUAUAAACUAGUUACUGAUGUUCCCUAAAAUGUAAACUGAUUUUGUACUAUGAUUGUAAUACAAAGGACUUUUUGUACAAUUUAUCACAGACAUGCCUUACCAUUGUAAAAUGUUACAUAGAGGUGUAUUACUUUUUUUCAUGUAUUCUGCAUAUUGAAGAAAUUACCGGUAUGUACAUCUGAAAUAUGUUUUAUUUUUUAUGUUGUCAGUGUAUAUUGAAAAAAAUCAUACAUUUAAAAUAAGUUUCAAAAUGCAUCUUAAAAACUUUCAUGGCCUAAAUGAAUUAAUACAUAACAGAUGAAAAUUAUAUUGAAGCUUUAUAUUAUUGAUGAAAAGAAAUGUUCAGAAUGAAUAUUACAAGUUGUAGCUAAAGAUUUUACUAUCAUUACUGUAACAUUUGUUCAUAAAAAUUAUUGACAUGAAUAUAUAUAAUAUCCAAGCCAUUGAACUUUUUCACCUAUUUUUUAACUGGACAUAUACUUUUCAAAAAAUUUGUGCGAAAGUUAUACAGCAAACAUUAUGUCUUCAUUCAAAUGCAUUAAUCCUCCAGAAAACGGGGGAUUCCAACCGUAGGAACCCUCCCCAUGGAUACGCCUCUGAUAAUAGUAAAUACCAGAAUGAAAUUUUAAAAAAAUGUUUGACUUAGGAAGUAUCAUAGUUUAUGAAUUGUGACAGAUAUCACUGCAAUGCACUGAAUCCAGUCAUUAAACAUUUUUCAGCUUUUCAGCAGUUUUGCUGCAGACUAUUUUCCUGUAUUUAUUUACAAAUUAUUAUUUAAAAUAUUGAUAAAUAUUUGUAUAUAUUAGGAUAUUAUAGAUAGUGCAAUAUUUUGCUGUUUUCAGUGAAGCAAGCCUGCCAUAGUAUAUUAUAGAAUUUUGCGUCAUUUAGGUUGAUUUUUGAUUGCAUGCUGUUUACAUGGAAAUAACCAAUUAUGAUAAAAAAUAGAUAUAGGAAGAUGUGGUGUGAGUGCCAAUGAGACAACUCUCCAUCCAAAUAAUAUACUCUUUCUGUCUCAUCUGGGAAGUCUUAGAUGUAAAACUAAGGCUUGCUGUUUAACCUGUGUGUCAUUAACAAUCGUUCAGCUUAGUGAUUAUGUCACACAGAGAGAAAUAUGUCUCUCUGCUAACACUUUAUUAUUUGUAUUCACAGAUGAAAGAAUAAAUGCAGCAAACAUGUUCAUAUGUCAAAAAAAUAUUCAUUAUUAUAAACAGGUACAUGUACAGUGCUCUGUAAAUUUUGACAUUAUCUCAGAUUACAUUUAUUUUUUUAACUUAUUCAGAUUUGUGUUAACAAAUUGAAAACUUUACUUUCAAUAUCUUUUUAAAAAGGUACUUUAUGCAACUUUACAUAGAAAGAUUAUUUUGUAUGUUAGAAAUUUUUGUAUACAUUCAAAACUUUUCAUUUAGUUAAUUUCCAGAUGUUUGAAAUGAAUUGAUGCUUGAUAGAUUAGAUAUUUGCCCCAAAGUCAUAUGACUUAUACCUAUUGGUGUCAUUUGGUCAGACACAAGGGCAAAUAACUCUAUCCCUUAUUAAUUUAUUUUCUCACAAGAAAUCUUGUCUGUAUCAUUUGAUGUAAACCAAUCACAAGAAAAGCUGUAUGUAUAAAUAGUGAUCUCUGAUUACAAUGUAUUUGCAUUCUAAUGCAAUUUAUAUCUCAUGUUAGUUUUAUUUUAUUUUGCUGUGUUUUAUCUUAUUAAAAUUUGUAUACUCAAAGUUCUCAGAGGAGUUAGAAUCUUUUUUAAUCAUCAUUUUCAUCUUUACGCUAUUUUGAAGUUGUAUUUGUAUUUAACCAUCAUCAACUUUUUAUUGCUUUUUUUUAUUGUGAAAGUAUUGCAUUUUAUAUUUUAAAUACAUGUAUUCAUCAUUCUAGUCUGUAAGAAGUAGUACAUGUACUUAAUUCAUUUGGUUGAUAAAUUAGAGAGAUAAGGUAUUUGAACCAAAUUGUUGAGACAGCCAUAGCUGAGAAUGUCCUUAACUUUGAAAAUCAUCAUUAUAAGGUAAAUUUUGGCCAGAUAGUGACAAUAUACUCAAGUCAACUUAUCAGAAACUGUUUCUGACAAGAGCCGAAGAUUACUAAAGUAAUGAAUGAUUUUAAUGCCUUAAACCAAUAACUGAUCAGAGCAGAAAAGGAUUUUAGUUCAAUGUUGUUUUUUUUUAAAUUCAUUGUCAAAUUUUAUGAGAUUAAAUUUAUUAUCUACUUGGUUAAACCUGCCAGAAUAUUAUAUGCUCACACAGACAAUAUUUUGACACACCUAUGAAGCAUUUACUGACAAACUGUAUACAGCAUACAUUGUAUGAGAUUAGAAAUAAGAAUAUUGUAAUACUAUCUUUAUAUGUCUAAGAUUUUUAGUCAUAUAUAAAACUAUAAUUUUGAUAGUGUGUUAUGAAUUCAUCAUUUAGAACCUUAUUCAAGCACAUAAUUGUUGUUCUGUUUUUACUCAGUAGGAUUACAAUUAUACAAUGAGCUAUAAUUUAAUCUCCAAAUUAGAAAUUUAUUGAAAUGCUGCAUACAUUAAAUUGUUUUAGCAUCCUUUUGUUUAUUUUUUUUCCCUCAUGCAUUGUAACCAAUAUUAAGAAUACUCAUGUAUAUUUUUAAGUUAGAUACUGUGAAUUCAUUUUAUUUUGUGGACAUUUUUUGUUUGUCCCCCUCAACAAUAAACAAGGAGAAUGAAUUGCAUGUCCUCUGCACUUGCUUGGACCAAAUAACUAAUUUUUAAAACCUACAAUUGAAAUGCUUUAAAUAUCACAUGCAUUUGAGCUUGUUAUGGUUUCAAAAAUGAUGAGCUUGUUUAUCCUUUGUUUUAAAAAACUUAACAAAAUUUCAUAAUUCCCUGUUAAAAAAUUCAAUGGUUUAUAAAUUUAGGAAUAUGUUGUUCCUAAAGAGAUGUCUUUUCCCUUUUUGUAUGGUGCAUCAUUCCUUGUUAUCAGAUUUAAUGAGAGUACUGUGAAUUCAUUUAUUUUCGUGGGUACCAAUUCUCAUGGAUUAAGGAAAACUUGCAUGAUUGUGGAUAUUUAAUUUCGUAGUUUUGACAAAAUCUGUAUACAAUCCUAUAUAAUAUUUGUUAUUCGUUGAACAUUUAAUUUCGUGGUUCAUCUGUACCCACGAAAGCCACGAAAAUUGGUAUCCAACAAAUAAUAAUGAAUCCACAGUAGAUGUAUUAUUAACAUAACAGGUGUAGCCUUUGAGACUUUCAGCCUUAGUUCACAAUACAUAUUGGUUUGAACAAAUGUUUCUGUAAACCUACUUAUAGAUAGUUAUUUUCAUGUUCAUGUUUUUACUCUUCAGUCUAACUUUUAAGCAACCAUUCCUAUUUUUCCUGUGUUUUUCCUCAAUUUAUUCAUUUAAUUUAAUCCACCUUAAAAAUAUUGAAUUUGCAGUAUCUAAUGGCUUUUACAUACAUUUAUUUUAUUUCUAAAUCAUUGUUUUUGAAUGACAAAUAAAAUGAUAUAUUGUA